GUGGGAUUGAGUGGUUGAGCAGCCUGGAGGCGAAGCAAGGGGAAGAGGAGGAGGUUCGUGCCAUGGGAACAGUGGUGCUGGACGGCCAGAUCUACGUAUGCGGUGGAUACGAUGGAAACUCAUCCCUCAACUCCGUGGAGUCCUAUUCUCCAGAAACAAACAAGUGGACGGUGGUGACCCCCAUGAGCUCCAACCGCAGCGCCGCUGGAGUCACCGUCUUCGAGGGCCGGAUCUACGUAUCGGGAGGGCACGAUGGCCUGCAGAUCUUCAACAGUGUGGAGUACUACAACCAUCACACGGCCACUUGGCACCCGGUCGCCAGCAUGCUCAACAAGCGCUGCCGCCACGGAGCCGCCUCGCUGGGCAGCAAAAUGUUCGUCUGCGGAGGUUACGACGGCUCGGGCUUCCUCAGCAUCGCCGAAGUCUACAGCUCCAUGGCGGAUCAGUGGUACCUGAUCGUCCCCAUGAACACCCGGAGGAGCCGCGUCUCCCUCGUUGCGAACUGUGGCCGUCUCUACGCGGUGGGGGGUUACGACGGACAGUCCAACCUCAGCUCCGUAGAAAUGUAUGACCCGGAGACAAACCGCUGGACGUUCAUGGCCCCCAUGGUGUGCCACGAGGGAGGGGGGGGGUUGUGACGUGAGAUGCGUUUCCAGGUGCUCAAGUGUCGUUCACAAACACGCACACACACGCACACACACACAUAAAACUUGACCAAACACUCCCCACCCUUGGCUUUUUGGGCUGAGGCUCCCGGAAGAUCAAACCCUUUUGAACGAUGCUGCGUCGACGUGCUGGGGCGAGCAAGGACCUGCCCGCCUCCCUCCGCCACCCCUUGGCCUUCCCUCGCGGUGGCGGCAGCUGAGCAAAUCCUUCCUCUCGCCGUUGGUUUUCCAAACAGCCCUGCGGUCCGCUGGGAAGCGCUGUUGUAGGGCGAGGGAGGAGGACAGGCUUCGUUGCGACAUCAAAACGGCCGCUUUAAUGACUUUGAAAAUAACAUCCGCGCCUUCUGUCAGCAGCAAAAGUGCUCCCAAACCCCAAGGGGUUCGGUCCGCAGCCAUGGUUUUGGGUGUCGUGGCAGCCUGCUGCUGGGCAUGGCUGCGUCUCACCUCGCGUGGGGGGGGGG